CUAUUCUAGUGAGAAGAUGACAGGCCUGUUCGCCUAUGAAAGCUCUGAUUUGGACUGGUGUGAGGAUAACUACAGGCACUCUGAACACAUAGUGGAGUACUUCAACACUAUGAGCAGUCUGUUCUUCUUUGUGAUCUCCCCCAUCAUGCUGUACCUGCUGCACCCCUACGCCAGGGAGAGGAACCUGGCUGUACACCUGGUCUGGAUCAUGAUGAUCUUCGUGGGUCUCUUCUCUGCCUACUUCCACAUGACCCUGAGCUUCAUGGGCCAGAUGCUGGAUGAGCUGUCCAUCCUGUGGGUCCUGGGGCUCUGCUAUGGUCUCUGGUUCCCACGCAGGCUCUUCCCCUCCUUCAUCAAGGACAGGACGACUUUUUCCCGGCUGGUCAUGAUGAUAACUGUUGUCACCACCCUAUGCUCCUUUGUCAAACCCACUGCCAAUGCCUACCUCCUCAACUGCUUUGCCCUCCACAUCAUCUACUCAUUGGGUCUGGAGAUGAGGAUCUGUACUGACCCGAAGGUGCUGCGGUUAUGCUGGUCUGCUGUUGGCCUGUGGGUGCUGGCCAUCUCCUGCUGGAUCAGUGAUCGUUUCGGAUGCAGCUUCUGGCAAAAGCUUAAUUUCUGCUACCUGCAUGGAAUCUGGCACAUUCUGAUAGUAAUGGCUGUAGCCUACGCGAGCACCCUGAUAGCCUACUUGGAUGCCAACUAUGAGAUACCCUACUCCCUGCCAAGCCUUCAGUACUGGCCCAAUGACAACUGGGUCCUGGGAUUGCCUUACAUUGUUCUGAAAGGAACCACCAAGACUCAGAAAAUAUUCUAAAGAACAUUCAACUUCUGCAAGAGACAACUUGAAGGCUUUGGUGCCGAAAUGUGGUCAGUAGUGCCAUGCAGAGAAAGUGUAAAAAGCAGUGCCUUUCUUUUUACUUAGCAGUGACUCAGUUUGAGAAAUGGCUGCAAUCCAUUGGUUUGCUUCUUAUUUUAUAUGAUAAUAGAAUCAAUGCCACUCAGGUCAUUAAUGUGUGUAUGUUUGUAUGCAUUUUGUGUGAAUUUUGAUCAAUUCACCCAUCUGUUAUUUGCAUUCAUACAGAUGUAGGAUCUUAAUUUGAUCACUCUUUUUUGCUGAGAAUCUUCCUGCACUGCAGGAAAUGCAGAUGAGCUUCUUGGUUUACAUAAAUUCACUGAAAACCAAUGGUUAUAUUAACAGUAUUUUGCUUUUCAUGUAGCAUACUUUUGGCCAGCUUAAUAGCCUAACCACCGAUCAAGCAACAUUAUGGACUAAACGUUAAAAUCCUAUUGCUGCAGGAUUAUUUUGCUGUUACAAUAUAGGUCAAAUUAAGAUCCUACAUCUGUAUGUGCAUGGAUAUUCUCUGCACAUCAUGUUUGUAAAAAAACAACAUGUUUUUAUAUUUAGCUGAGUUUUGGUAUGAUUACAUGCUUGUCUUUAUAGUGACGAGUACUGAGAUACUUUCAACAAAAAAGACAGCAUUGAUUAAAUGUGGGGCUGAAUCACAACCACA